AUGGAGUUUCUCAACCCCAACAACCAGCCAUGGGACCCCAACAAGUUUGUCCUUGUGGAGAUCUAUUCCGGCUUCCAGAUCCAAGGUACCCUCAAAGACGCCAGCGAGAGCGACUACGGUUGGGGCGGCAGCGUCAGCGACACUGCCUAUGUCAACCUCUACUCCGUCUACGUCAUUGGUCUCGAUUCAAACGCGUUCACUGGCCACAGCGGCAAAAAGAGGCUGACCCGUGCGGAGACUUGGUUGGCUAAAGUCCUCAGGCCGUGUGGAACGCUGGCUGCAUGGCACGUCUUUUCUCGCCCAGAGCCAACCAAGUUCAACAUCUCAGUUACUUUUGACAGCGAGGAGAGCGCACGCCGUGCACUGGCCAUGUCGCCGCUGCGCUGUCGCUUCGAAGAUGAUCCAGCCUUCGAGCUGGGUCUCGAUAUCUUGCCUCGAACUCGCUCGAGCUGGCCCAAGUUCAUCGCGGACGGUCUCCACGGCGCUCACGCCCUGGCCGACGCACGCAGCCUCAACGACGUGCUGUCCGAUGUGACCGACAUCACACUUCCGCUCUGCCGCCCUCUGGAGGGCCUCACGCGGUUCGAGAGAGUCGGUAUCCCGGGCUUCUUUCGUCUCAAGCACAAGUACGAGCCGAGGAUGAGUCCAGAGCCACCUCGUCUGGACUCGGCUGAGCGCAAGCGCAUGUGGGGCGCCUCACCCGCAGGCAACGGCCCCUCGCGUCAGUCCAGCUUCCGACCCCCUUACCAACCCGAGGCACCACCAUCUCGCUACGAGAGUGGGUACUCUGCCUAUGCAUCGUACAGCCCCAAAGCGCCUGCCGAUUACCUCAUGGCCUGGGAGUCCGAGCCCCGUCAUGGCCGCUCAGACUCGGCGAGAUCAGCUGGCGGACCUCAUAGGUGGACCCGCGACAAGCCUAAGCCUGCUUACCACGCCUACUCCUACGGCAAGGGCAAGGGUAAAGGGCAAUUCAAGAAGGGCAAGAACAAGGGCAAGGGUUAUGCCACUCCCUACAAGAAGGCCGAGUCCCAGGCCGCCAAGGUCAAGAAGGCUGAGACGGAGGGGAAGGGCAGUGCGAACGGCAGCGCAAAUGGUGCUUCCAAGACCACUGGAGGCGUGACUCCUACGGCAAACCGUACUGGUGGUGGUCUUGGUUCCUCUGGCCCCUCAGGUCCUCGCACCAGUGUCGCUGGUGGCCACAGUGUCCCUCCUCUGAGCGUUUCCGUCACAGCUCCGGGCAACUCGACGCCCGCCCACACCCCCGGCCAUCAGGUUACUCCCAGGACGGCCAGCAGUCGCUGGGGCAUGUCCAUGAGCCCGGUCCACUCGCUCAAUGGCGCCAAGGGGGCAACUGGUUCAGGCCAGCAUCAGCCUGGAGACCUGGGAGAGGAAGACUAUAUCCCUCUCAGCUUUGAUGAGGAGUACGACGAGUACUAUGGCCCUCCUCGUCCCCCUCAGGUAUCCCCCACCAAGUCGGCGGGAGCUUACGACUAUUCCGACGAGAUUGACAAGAUUCGCGCCGAGCUCGAUGUCCUCCUCGACGAGGCGGCGACAAAGGGCCCCAGCGAGGACGAAAAGGACACCCCCGAGGUCGAGGUCGAUGUACCCAUGAGGUACGGUCCCGGUGCCCCCGGAGGCAGGGGCUAG